AUGGCCAGAACCAAGCAGACAGCCUCCCGUAAAUCCACCAGAGGAAAAGCUCAGAGGAAGCAGCUGGCUACUAAAGCCACCUGGAAGAGUGCUCCGGCUACCGGUGGUGUGAAGAAGCCUUACUGUUACAGGCCCGGCACCAUGGUGCUGAGAGAGAUCUGCCGUUAUCAGAAAUCCACCGAGUUGAUGAUCCGCAAGCUGCCCUUGCAGCGCCUGGUGACAGAAAUUGUUCAGGACUUCAAGACCAACCACCACUUUCAGAGCUCCGCUGUGAUGGCUCUGCAGGAGGCGGGUGAGGCUGACCUGAGACCCUUCCUCUUCAGUUCCAAAGCUUUUAUGCAUAAUUGA